AUGGUGGCACAGAUCAUAGGAGUGACACAGGCUCCCAACUUUGGGAAAUAUCUAGGAUUGCCAUCAUUUGUGGUGAGAAAUAAAAAGGCAUCAUUUGUUUAUAUCGAAGAUAAAAUCAGGCAGAGAAUUGGAUCAUCUAUUGAGCGGGUGAUGAAUCGUUAUUGGUGGGGAUCAAGAAAUGACCGGGGCAUUCACUGGAAAGAAUGUGAUAGAUUAUGUAUCCCGAAAAAAUAUGGUGGACUGGGCUUCAAAGAUGUGAGAGCAUUCAAUUUGGCAAUGGCUAUAUAUUAUCCCAAAGAUACUUUUAUAGAGGCAUGUUUAGGAAAAAAUCUCAGUUUUUGUUGGCGCAGUAUUAUGGCAGCUAAGGGAUUAAUAUGUAAUGGUGUACGACGGCGUAUUGGGAAUGGUCUACCAUAUAUAAUUUGGGAGCACCCAUGGCUUCAGGAUGACCAGGAUCCUAUGAUCCAAACUGAGAUGCCACCACAGCUUGCUGGAGCUAAAGUUGUGGGUUUAAUUGACCAGGGUACUGGUUCAUGGGAUCAACAUAUACUCUCUGAUAUUUUCCAACCAAGUGAUAUCCCUAAAAUCCUGAAGAUACCAAUUUCCUUGGAAUAUGAUGAUGUAUGGUAUUGA